GGAGACACCCGCGCCACCCGCCGGCUCCCGGCGCCGCCGCUUCCUCAGGGCCGGUUCCGGGUCCGAGCGCGCCCCCGGGCUCGAGUCGUCAUGAGCCGCGGCCGCUCCUCUGGCUCCGGGAGCCUGGACUGCACCAGCCAUAUCGCGCUGGGUGCCGCUUCGCCAGCGCCCGAGGUACGGUCCCAGCCGCCGGCCGCGCGCGGGGGUGGCCCUGGGGAUAGAAGACCCAGGAGGGGCCGAGGCUCCCCUGAUUUGCACCCUUUUCCUCCCGGAGGCGUGGGCAGAAUCAGAGCAGCUCUGUGCCCGCGAGGGCUGUGGCCUGGGACUGCCAGGGCGCUGAUUUCAGGAGGGGAUGGGCAGGACCGGAGUUUGCGGAGCGCGUCUGGAUUUUAGGUUGUGCCACUCUGCUUCUCUGACCAUGUAAACCGGUGAAAUUCGAAAGACUGUGGCCGGGCAGUUCCUCCCCGCCACCCCUGGGAGCAAAGAAUUCCUUCAUUUAACUUUCCCUGCUUAGCUACUGAAGUGUGCUUCGGAGCAAUUUCUGGAAAAUCUGAUGUGGCAGGAGGACGGCCAGCCCGGAGUAGAGUCACCGGCCCUUUCGUUGCGAAGUAAUCCAGAAACGUUGGAAACUUACGAUCAUCUUUCGGAAGUCCCGGUCACGCGGGAGCGGUUAAACCACUAUCGGAAUGUGGCUCAAAAUGCUCGAAGUGAACUUGCAGCAACUUUGGUCAAAUUUGAAUGUGCUCAGUCUGAGCUUCGAGACCUCCGAUCCAAGAUGCUUUCUAGAGAAGUCUCCUGUCAAGAAUUGAAAGCUGAAAUGGAGAGCUACAAGGAAAACAAUGCCAGAAAAUCAUCUCUCCUUACCUCUUUGAGAGACAGAGUUCAGGAGCUAGAAGAAGAAUCAGCAGCACUUUCCACUUCUAAAAUCAGAACAGAAAUCACAGCUCACGCUGCAAUCAGGGAGAACCAGGAAUUAAAGAAGAAAGUUGUAGAGUUAAAUGAAAAAUUACAAAAGUGUUCAAAAGAAAAUGAGGAGAAUAAGAAACAAGUUUCAAAGAAUUGCAGGAAACAUGAGGAAUUUCUGACUCAACUGCGUGACUGCUUGGAUCCAGAUGAGAGGAAUGACAAGGCAUCAGAUGAAGAUUUAAUUUUAAAGCUUAGAGACCUGCGCAAAGAAAAUGAAUUCGUGAAAGGACAAAUUGUUAUUCUUGAAGAGACUAUAAAUGUCCAUGAGAUGGAAGCAAAAGCUAGCAGAGAAACGAUCAUGAGGCUGGCUUCAGAAGUCAACAGAGAGCAGAAAAAAGCUGCCUCCUGUACUGAAGAGAAAGAGAAGCUGAACCAGGACCUGCUCAGUACUGUAGAAGCAAAAGAAGCUCUUGAAAGGGAAGUUAAGAUCUUCCAAGAAAGGCUGCUUGCUGGCCAGCAGGUCUGGGAUGCCUCAAAGCAGGAAGUGAGGCUCCUGAAGAAAAGCUCUUCUGAGUUGGAGAAGAGUUUGAAGGCCAGUCAGGAUGCAGUCACAGCCUCACAAAGCCAGUACUCCUCAUUUAGGGAGAAAAUCGCAGCCCUCCUUAGGGGCAGAUUGAGCAUGACUGGGUCCACUGAGGACACCAUUUUGGAGAAGAUUCGAGAAAUGGACAGCCGGGAAGAAAGCAGGGACCGGAUGGUCUCCCAGCUUGAAGCCCAAAUAUCUGAGCUUGUUGAACAGUUGGGAAAGGAGUCUGGGUUUCACCAGAAAGCUCUCCAGAGGGCCCAGAAAGCAGAGAAUAUGUUGGAGACUCUUCAGGGUCAGCUGACACACCUGGAGGCAGAGCUGGUUUCUGGAGGUGUUUUGCGAGACAACUUGAAUUUUGAGAAACAAAAAUAUCUUAAAUUUCUGGAUCAGCUUUCUCAGAAAAUGAAGUUGGACCAGAUGGCUGCCGAACUUGGCUUUGACAUGCGACUGGACGUGGUUUUAGCUCGAACAGAGCAGCUGGUUCGUCUUGAGAGCAAUGCAGUCAUUGAGAACAAGACCAUUGCCCACAAUUUGCAGAGAAAGCUAAAGACACAGAAAGAGAGACUGGAGAGCAAGGAAUUACACAUGAGCCUCCUCCGGCAGAAAAUAGCCCAGCUGGAGGAGGAGAAGCAGGGACGCACGGCCUUGGUGGUUGAGAGGGACAAAGCGCAUCUUACCAUCAGGAACUUGCAGAAGAAGGUGGAGAGGCUGCAGAAAGAGCUGAACACGUGUCGAGACUUGCACACCGAGCUCAAAGCCAAACUGGCCGACACCAAUGAACUGAAGAUUAAAACUUUGGAACAGACUAAAGCCAUUGAAGAUCUAAACAAAUCCAGAGACCAACUGGAGAAGAUGAAGGAGAAAGCUGAGAAAAAGCUCAUGUCUGUCAAGUCAGAACUGGAUACCACAGAACAUGAGGCUAAGGAGAAUAAAGAAAGGGCCAGAAACAUGAUAGAAGUGGUAACCAGUGAAAUGAAGACACUAAAAAAAUCUCUGGAAGAAGCAGAAAAGAGAGAAAAGCAGCUGGCAGACUUCAGGGAGGUGGUGUCGCAGAUGCUAGGCUUGAAUGUGACCAGCCUUGCUCUUCCUGAUUAUGAAAUCAUCAAGUGUCUUGAAAGAUUGAUCCAUUCACGUCAGCAUCACUUUGUUACCUGUGCCUGCCUCAAAGAUGUGACUACUGGGCAAGAGAGGCACCCACAAGGCCAUUUACAGCUUCUUCAUUGAACACUGUAUCUCUUGAGAGAGGUGGCCAUAAGACAUGGGACACAAUUCCCAAUUUCACAAAUUCCUCAUGUCUUUGAGAUUUGACCAGUUUGUGAAUAUUUUAUGCUUUGAAGACAUAGUGAGAAUGCAUCACUUGCAAAAAACGAUCUCAAAAGUGUCAGCCUUAGAUAAACGUUCAGCAUUAAAAACGCCUAUUAUUUCA